UUUUCCAAUCUUCUUCACCCAAUUCAAUUCUUUCAACAGUUUUAAGUAUACAUUCUAUUUACUUCGGCUUCAUCUCAGCUAGCCAGCUUCCAUGUCAGAGAAACAAGCCCACUUGAAUGGAGCCUAUUACGGCCCAUCAAUCCCGCCAACAAAAGACUACCACCGCCCCGGCCGCGGCGGAGGUCCCAUUGGCUGCUGCUGCAGCUGCAUCUUCGGCCUCGUCUUCAAGCUCAUCUUCACCGCAGUCGUCUUCAUGGGAUUAGCCUUCCUUGUCUUCUGGCUCAUAGUCAGGCCAACCAGAGUCAAGUUUCACGUCACCGAUGCCACGCUCACGCAAUUCAACUUCUCCACAGAUAGCAACCUGCACUACAACCUUGCCCUCAACCUCACCAUCCGAAACCCCAACAAGAAGAUCGGUGUCUACUACGAUCGCAUUGAAGCCAGAGCUCUUUACGAGGGCCAGAGGUUUAGUACGGUCACCCUCACGCCAUUUUACCAAGGCCACAAAACCACAAACGUUUUGAACCCGGUGUUUCAGGGACAGCAAUUGAUUGUUGGAUCCAACUUGCUUGAUGAGUUUAAUCAACAGAAGAGUGCAGGGGUUUACGAGAUUGAGAUGAAGCUUUAUUUGAGGAUUCGGUUCAAGUUGGGUAGAAUCAAGACCGGAAAGUUCAAGCCUAGAAUUGAGUGUGACUUGAAGGUUCCUUUGAACCAGAAUGGGAAUUCAGUUGGUACUUUUCAGACUGAGAAGUGCUCCAUUAAUUACUUCAAUUGAUAAUUCUUGCUCGUUUAUGGCGGAGCAGAGACAUCACCCUUGGUAGCAUGCUGACUAGCAAGUGCCACAUUGAUUAUUAUAUUUCUGAUCUUGUUCAUCCUGAUACAUUGAUGUAUAGGGAACCCGUCUUUACGAGAAUACGAGUAGUACCUACAGUCUUGAUUCCUUCAUUUAUUCUUGUUUCAUUACGACCGAGUGUGAUAUUACGUUUCUUUUUGUACAGUAAAUUAAGAAGACUUAUUACAUGAAAUAUAUAUCCAAUCAUCCAUUUAUUAUGUUA